UAAAAUCACUCGUGUUUAGCCCAAGCCUUCUUGAGCCAGAACGCUGAUCAAAAAUACCCAGGAAUUGAAAAAUGAGACAUUUGACUUUAUCUUUUAUUUCGCUUUGAAUUCUGUUAAGCUUGUAAUCUUCAAGCUGCCCUGAUCUUCCUCUCACUGAAUUCCAUUGUCUGCUCAGUUAAUGUUACACUUUACAAUGUUGUAACAAAUUUUAUUCACUUACACUCUCUCUCAAUCUUUAAGCUCACUCAAGUUAAUCUUCUAUCAACUUGAACAACACUCCUCACUCUGGCUUCACUGUCUGUCUUCACUCUCUGUCUUCACUCUCUCUUCGCACUCUCUCUUAACACUCUCUCCUCUCCACUUCUAUGUUUUCUCUCAACCCUACUUUCUUCGCAGAACUGAGGCUGCAAUAUCCCUUCUAUCUCAUAGUAUUUAAAUUAAUAUACCUCUUCCCAUCUCCUGGUUCUCUUUUCACGUUAAAUUCUCUUCGUUAUUGAGCGGCCUUCUACGGUUAGAAAUUGCUUGAAUAUUUGCAUUCUAUUUCACUUCUUUUGAUGGGAAAAAAAUGCCAGUCAAAUGGACCCCGGAGAUGGAUCAACAACUGCUCCUCAAAAUCCUGGAGACUCAUGAACUAAGCGUGAAUGCCUCAAAGGUAUUGGAAGCAUGGCCUAGCAACGACCCAAAGGCGAAGCCAACUGCUCGUGCGAUUACUGAGCGUUUGGUCAAAAUCAGAUCGCGCAUCAGGACCGGCAACGGGCAAAAUCCCACCUCCACUCCACAAAAGCCAGCUACACCCAGCUCCCAUAACCGUUCGUCUGCAAAACGAAAGCGCGGAGAUGAUGCCUCGACCGGCAAAGAGACUAUCAAAACUGAGGCCUUCGUUUCUCCAACCCCGAACGCCAAGUACAUUAAACAAGAAUAUACCGACUAUUCUGACUCAUCAAUUAAUGGAAUGGCGAUGCCCGUGACCAUGUGCACCCCAUCUAAACGUGCAAGAGUUCCCUCGCUUCUGCCUUUUGGCAUGACUACAUACAGUGAGGAUACAGAUAACGAAACUCAGAACGAAAGCAGUGCCAGUGAAUUUGUCUACUCUACAAAGGUUGAAAUCAACGAUAGCUACGGCAAUAUCCAUGUUCAUGAAGUUUGAGGUUGGCUCAGAGGAUGCUUGACACAACAGCAUUCUUUAAAUGUUGAGCCUCUAGUCAGUGGGAUUCUACUGAAUAACAGCUUCCAGAUAUUCUAAGCUUUGCGUAGUUUACUGUUUAACAUGGUUCUUAAAUGUUUCCGUGCUCUCUGGCUUUCUCAAUUAACUUAAUUUCUUUUGCUCCAAGCCUAUCUGUUUUCUACUUCUUUUGACUUGCAAGUUAAUCGCGGUACCUCCAAAGGGAAGGCUCGAUGAGCUGGUACACUCUUUUAAUUGACCCCCGGACGUGAUUUUGAUUGUUAAUGUUUUAAGUGAAAUGAAUUAUACUGCUGCUUUUCAAAGAUCGCUUUUAACAAACUAUAAUAUAUAAUAUAUUCUUUCUAGAUGGUGAAAUAAGCUAAG